GUAGAACGUAAGCACCAGCUACAAGGAAGUGAGAUCAAUAACAGUGGGCAGAAGAGUGUGCGCACAACAACUGUUCUGCUUUCUGGGUUUGAGUUUCACUGAUUUCUGUUUCUUUUUGUUUUUUAUUUUAAAGAAGGAACUAAAAGUUUGAAUUUUAGAAUAAGUUUAUAAUCUCCUUCAGAAUGAGUGACGCGGUGUUCUCCUAUGAGAGUUUGGUCCACGCUGUGUCAGGAGCGAUGGGAGGUGUGACUGCCAUGACAGUGUUCUUCCCUCUUGAUACUGCAAGACUGAGGCUUCAAGUGGAUGAAAACAGGAAGGCCAAAUCGACUCCGACCAUUUUGCAAGAAAUAGUGAAAGAAGAAGGACUAUUGGCCCUGUACAGAGGUUGGGUCCCGGUCAUCUGCAGCCUGUGCUGCUCCAACUUUGUCUACUUCUACUGCUUCCACAGUCUGAAGGCCGUGUGUCUGAGAGGGAAACAAUCCGCACCCACCACAGAUCUACUCAUAGGGAUCGCUGCAGGUAUUAUAAACGUUCUGGUCACCACUCCUCUGUGGGUGGUCAACACCAGGCUGAAGCUUCAAGGUUCCAAGUUUCGCAAUGCUGACAUACGGCCAACCAGCUACUGUGGCAUUCUGGAUGCAUUCGUGCAGAUCAUCCGUGAUGAAGGCAUUGGAGCUCUGUGGAACGGGACCCUCCCGUCCCUGCUGCUGGUGCUGAACCCCGGCAUACAGUUCAUGAUUUAUGAAGGUCUGAAGAGGCAGCUGAGGAAAGGAGUGCCCAGAGAGCUUUCAUCUAUCGAGGUCUUCAUCAUCGGGGCUAUUGCCAAAGCUGUCGCCACCACCGUCACAUACCCACUGCAGACCAUACAGUCUAUUCUGAGGUUCGGUCAAUUCAGCGAGCCGACAGAAAGGUCCAAACUGCUGUCCAGUCUCAGGACCAUCAAGUGUUUGUUGGCCAACAGAGUGAGGAAGUCCGGUAUAUUGGGUCUGUUUAAAGGCCUGGAAGCCAAGCUGCUGCAGACGGUGCUGACUGCUGCCCUCAUGUUCCUUCUCUAUGAGAAGAUCGCCAGUUGCACGUUCAGAGUCAUGGGAAUGAGCAACCACCAAUUCAAGAGACGCUAACUGAACACAAACAUGAACACUGACUGAACCAAUCACUGCUUAAAGACCUCAUGAUGGAAACUUCAACUUCCUAGAAAUCUGUCCUCCCUGUAACAAACUCCCCACCAAUAAAACAUGACAAAUUUUGAGUAAA